GUGAUUCCAGUCUGGCUUUACAGGCUCAAGAGGAGAUUGUUGAAAUGAAAGAUGUAUUUUCAGUAAGAUUGAAACGUCGGCGUUUUGCAGGGCAGAAAAAAGGUGGCACUGUGUUGGGUAUCACGAUUUUUAAAUGCUUGAAUAAAGAAGAGAAUAAACUAACAGACUGUGCUAUCCAUUUAAAUAACUUAAGCGAAGAUCAUUGUCAGUCCUGGUUUAGACAUCUGAAGGAAAUUCUGAAUGGCUUUCAAAAUAGACCAAAAUCCUUAAAAGUGUUUGUUAAUCCGAGCAGCCACAAAAGAGAAGCCACUCAUGUUUAUUUUGAACAAGUUGCACCUCUUUUUAAGCUUGCUGACAUAAAAACUGAUGUCACAGUAACUGAAUAUGAAGGACAUGCUUUCUCAGUACUUAAAGAAUGUGAACUCCAGGCAUUUGAUGGGGUAGUCUGUGUCGGUGGAGAUGGAUCUGUCAGUGAAGUUGCUCAUGGUCUACUAUUUAGAGCCCAGAUAGAUGCUGGAAAAGACCCAGACUAUAUAUCAAAGCCUGUCAGAGCACCGAUUCCUCUUGGAGUAAUACCAGCAG